AUGAUGCUGCACAACGCCGAUCGCGAAACGUUGCUGGAGGGCAUUCGUACGUCCUUACGCACCGAGUUGAGAAGGUACACAGAGGCCGACUUCCGCCAGUGGGUGGAUCACGAUCUGGCGCACAGGGACGGGUUCUUUGACGAGGAGUGCCCGAGGGCCAAGGGUAUAACGGGGAAGCGAUGGUUGGCAUGCACCGAUGACCAACUGCAGCAGUGGUUUGGCAGUGCAAACACGCCUGCCUCUGAGGACGUUGUGCAGCGCAUGCUUCAGGCAAAGCGCUUUCUCCUCAGCAAAGGUAGCAAAUUGUCUUCGUCCAAAGACAGCGGCAGCCCGUUCCAGCAGCUCUUGCACAUGCCGCACGUGUGGACGGAAGGCAUUGACGUGGACCACUGGAUCAAGCACGCGUUUGACUUGUGGGAUUUUGCGGGCCAGCUGGAGUUCUUCCCGGCCCACCAGCUCUUCAUGGCCUCGCACAUGGCCGUGUACCUCCUUGUGUUUGAUGCCUCAAAAGGGUUGGAGCAUUCCAUCGCCCGUAUCAGUGUGUGGCUCGGCCUGCUGCAAGCAUGCCGCCUGUCUCGACACAAGCAAGCCGAAGCCGUGCAAGUGCGGCUGGUCGCCACCAAGACAGACUUGCCAUCCUUUGAUUUUGAUCUCCAGCACCUCCACGCUGUUGUGCAAGAGCGGGUUGGAAGCGAGUUUCAUCUUGGACACUGCUGUUUUGCCCCACGCUACGAUGAACACGACAUUGGUGAUGCAGGCGCCGACUUCGGCCUUGUUGCCUUGGAUGAAGAACUCGCGACACUGCGAAGGGAAGGUGUGCCCUACGUCCAAGUCCCUACCGCCUAUUUGAGCAUCAAGAACUGUGUGCAGAGCAUGAAAAUGGAGCAGCACCAGGUGUGGCCCAUCAUUAGUGUGUCCGAGAUCGACUUCCGAGACAAGGACCCCGACCUCAUUUUGAGGUUCUUGGACGAUGCGG